GCUAUAAACGAGUCAGUCAUCUGCAGAUUAUAGUGAGAUAAAGUCAGAAAUAUUGUGACGAUAGCAAAAGAAAAAAUCUUUCAAAUAAUAAAGACGUUGUUUUAGUAGCUUUGUGAGUGAAAAGUUAUAUUAAAAUGGCAGAGAAAGGGACUUAUAUUACUACCAGGGUACCUUAUGAAGAAGCUUUGGAUAGGGCAGGAUUCAGCCGCUACAAUAUCUGGAUAUUCGCGAUAUGUGCCAGCAUCACCUUCACCACGACCUUCGAGGUCAACUCAGGUCCUUAUAUUGCGACAGGCAGUGCCUGUGAGUUGAACACCACUGUGAAGCAACAAGGAUUGUUUGAAAGCAUACCUACAUUAGGUGUCUUCAUGACCAUGCACCUCUGGGGCUACCUGGCUGACACGAGGGGCCGUCAAAGGAUGCUGACGAUAAAUUUGUUUAUGAGCUUCAUCACUGGAAUAGUAGCUACCUUCUCAACCCACUGGAUUGUGCUGUUAGUCUUAAAAUGCAUAGCAUCAGCUGUGGUAGGAGCAGCUAUGAUGACGUCGCUGACCCUGUUGAGCGAGUGCACGCCGACCAAACACAGGAGUACUCUCGUUAUACUGACGUAUUCUGCUUACUUAGUGGCCUGUGGACUCAUGGCAGCUAUAGCAAAAGUAAUCCUGCCACUGGAGUUCUCCUUCUACGUGCCAAUUCUGGGCAUCUACUUCAACUCCUGGCGACUCCUGAAUCUCAUAUUUGCUGUACCAUCUGCCAUCAGUGCAGUUCUGUGCAUGCAGACCUAUGAGAGUCCCAAGUAUCUUCUCUGUGCUGGAAGGGAUGAAGACGCACUGGAUGUUUUAAAGAAAAUCUAUACAAUGAAUAAUAGGAAUGACGCUGAUUACUACAAGGUUAUAGGCUUACUGAGCAAUCGCGUUCCUCAUUUUCAGGUGGAAUCCUUAGAACUAGAAGAAGUGCAAAUUGACCAAUCAAACAAAGGAUUCUUCAAGUCUGUUAUAGAGAGAACGUUACCGAUGGUGAAGGUACCAGUGAGGAGAUACUUCCACGUGCUCUCCGGGCUUUACACCGUAACUUAUGCUACCAUGGCUGCCUUCUUCGCCACGACGCCUUUCAUACUAGACGCCAUUGUGAAGUCAGCUGGAAGCGAGAAGCGUCUCAGCAUCUGUGAUAUGAUCAGAAGCUCUAUUAAUAAUACUUCUGUUCUUCAGAAGAGUGAAGACUGUCCGCUGGACACAGGCGCUUUGAUUCCCGUAUUUGGGAUCACCAUGAUUUUAGCUAUCUACAACGUCGUCAUGGGUAUCAUGACAUACCGUAUCAGUAGAAAGACUCUCUUCAUUGGGAUGCAGUUGGUAGCCGGAUUAGCAGGACUGCUGAUCAACACCAGCUACCUUUGGGUCCUCAGCUCCAUCCUGUUCACAGUCUUCAUAUCUGCCAUAGUCAACAUCAGUUUCCUGAACUCUUACAGUGUGGAGGUCUUUCCGACUUAUUACAAAGCAUCAGCAGUAUGUCUGCUUCCAUUAGGAGGUCGAGGCAAUGCUUCGAUGGCCAUCAAACUCAUCGCUCGACUAUUGAACAAUAACUGCGAACUUGCUUUCUACAUUUUUGGAGGAAUCGCUUUUGCCGGUGGGUUCUUAGCAUUCCUGUUACCUUCGGAGCAGACGAUGAGGGAACAUAGACAGAAAUUAAAACCAGUAGCUUCUCAAGAAUAAUCCACAUCAAAUAAUACCUGAAGAAACUUUUUUUUUAACACAAUGGUCGUGAAUGGGAUAAGGCUAGGCAGAUGAUUAGAUGGGUCGUCUACAUAUUUUAAGUGGCUUAGUCGAAGCCACGUGGAUCGAUCGAUCAUGAUGAUAAGCAUCGUUUGGCGGUGACCAUCUUGUCAUGACCAGUUCUUCCGUGUUUCGGAAGGCACGAUAAAUUGAUGGGUUCUGGCUGUCAUUUGAACAUAUUUUGUAGUCGUUACGGGUAGUCAGAAGCCGGAAAGUCUGACAACCAGUCUUACCAAGAGGUAUCAGGUUGGCCGGGUAACUGUAUUGAGGAAGUCAGUACACAGUCACUCCAUGUAAAACACUGGUACUCAGCAGUAUCCGGUUAGACUGGAACUGAAACAUAGUUGGGAAAAGGCUAGACAGAUGGUGAUAAUGGUCUUGUACAUACAUAUUUUACUUAUUUACUCAUAUUGAGUUCCUUUGUACAUACAAAAGAAUGAAUUUUAACGAAUUUCCUAAAUCUGGUUUCCAUAAUUCCGAAAUGUCAAUAUCCCAAAGGUUUAAUUAAUGUUCUGAAAACCACUUUAAAAUUCAGUUUUAUUUUUUAUAUUUUCAUUUAGGUUUUAUUUACAUUUAUUUUACAUUAAUGACGAAACCGUAGCGAAUAUGAAAAAAAAACACAUUUAUGACCUUCCGUAAAAUCGAGAUUUAGAAGAACCAAUUUUCUAAUUUUCUAAAUCUCAAUAAACAUUAUGAAGUUCGGAAUUUUGAAAAUCAGGACAACGGUUAGCGGAUUUUUAGGGUUCUUCCGUUGAACGUGUAAAACGGUAUGAGAUUCUAAACAAGACUGGCCAUUUAUAUUGUUUCUUGUAAAAAUAUAAGAACCAUUUUGUAAAUAGAUAAUAUUUAAGUAAAUAGUGAUUUUAGUUAAGUAAAUAAGAAUUUAGUCAAUAAGUUUUGUGAUAACAAAGGUUGAUGAAAUAGUUUAUGUAUAAUGUGACGUUAAAAUAAAAUUAUUUUGUUUA